GCGGUACAGCGGGCGCCCCGCCCUCGCGCCGCCGCCGGCCGCGCAGCAUCCCGCAGAGCGCCGAGCCCGCGCCCGGGGCCCUGCGGCUGCGGCGAUGAAGAUCUGGAGCUCGGAGCACGUGUUCGGGGGGAAGAUUCGCCCGAUGGCCACACAGGUCAAAGGACACGGAAGAGGGAAGCUUUGCACUCUGUCUGCUUGCUUUCAUUCCUGCUGGCAAGUUCAUCCUUCCUGUUGCUGUGGCAACCCUUCACUGACAUUAGAACCAAUUCUCCGGGAUCCCAGCACAGCCUGAAGACCAGCAGCUCCCCAGGAGUCCUCCAGGCCUUCGGCACCAGAUUCUCCAGUGUGAGACAGCCAUUAUGGGAGUAUCCAGACCAUAUCAUCCAUCCCUGGGAUACGGUGAUCAAGGCUGCCAUGCGGAAGUACCCAAACCCGAUGAACCCGUGCGUGGUGGGCGUGGAUGUGCUGGAGCGCAGCGUGGACGGCUGUGGGCGCCUGCACAGUCUGCGCCUGCUCAGCACCGAGUGGGGGCUGCCGGUCCUCGUGCGUGCGAUUUUGGGAGCCAACAGGACCUUGACAUACAUCAAAGAGCGCUCUGUUGUGGAUCCGGCUGCAAGGAAAAUGGAGCUGUGUUCCACCAAUAUCACACUCACGAAUCUGGUGUCAGUGAACGAGAGACUGGUGUACACACCUCAUCCAGAGAACCCUGAAAAGACUGUGCUCACCCAAGAAGCCAUCAUCACUGUGAAGGGGAUUAGCCUUGGGAGCUAUCUGGAAAGCCUAAUGGCUAACACGAUAUCCUCCAAUGCAAAGAAGGGGUGGGCUGCCAUUGAGUGGAUAAUCGAACAUUCCAAGAGCGCCAUAAGCUAACAGGUCUGCACCCGUGCCUGCUGAAACAAGGGGACAACCGCAGCAACUUCUUAACCAGUCAGAUAUCUCACCAAAAAGAGUCAAAGAAGAAAGGAAAGAAGAAAGGAGGAAUGGGUGGACAAAGAAGAUGAAAGGCAAGUGUGGAUGUGGUUCCUGCCAAGUCUGGAAGAGGCGGGACCUGCUGGAAUCUUCCCAGUCCGUGGUGACCUCCAGUACAGCAUCAGGCCCAGGCACCAGCAGUGCGGGGCUCUGGUUCCUGGGAGUGGUGUGGAGCCCUCCUCUGCCAGGCUCUGCUGCAGGUACUGUGCCAAGACGGGACAGUACUGCCCCUGCGUUGGUUUUCACCUUUCACCUGCUUCCCCUGGCAGGAGUGCCACCCCCAAAUGCUGAGUCCAGUUACUUCACCAAAGGAGAGCUCCCCUCUCCUCAUGCCCUGCCAGCUAAGUCAGGGCAGGUCCCCCAAACCUUCCCCCGGGGCCUGGCUGCUGUCCUCUGUUCCUGGUGGCCCUACGUCCUUUUAGUGUUCCACUUGCCUCUGUGAAGAAGGUGAAUAAGAAGUUGCUUUCUGACCCUCAGGGUCCCCAUCAUGUACUGUAUCUAAAAAAAAAAAAAAAAGAAAGAAAGAAAGAAAAAGGGAUGCAGAACUUUCUGCAGAGGCCACUGUGGGUUCCAGCGGCCACUGGGAUUUUCAAGCUCAAACUGGCCUUGAACUCCCUGUGUAACUGAAGAUGACCUUGAACCCUUGCUCUUCCUGCUUCCAACUUCCCAAGUGCUGGGAUCACAGACUUGGGCCACUAUCCUUGGCUCUUUUUGGUUAUUGUUGUUGUUGAGACAGAUCUUGCUGUGUGGCCCUGGCUGUUCUGAAACUCAUGGCAGUCCUCCUGCCUCAGCAUCUCAAGUGCUGGAAUCACAGGUGUGCAGCGCCAUGCCUGGGCUGGGAUUCUUGUCAAGCCCUUACUGUCUUCUCAGCUUCUCCCAACUAAAAAAGAGAGGGUGGGGAGCUCGUGCUGUGUAACAGAGAGCCUUCCAGCUAAUUCUCUCCCUCCUGCGGUCCUGGGGUCCUGCUGGCUGUGGGUGGUGGCUUUGUGCUCCUGGCCUAGUUGAAACCCCUCCCGCAAGCCCACUUCACCUCCUGCCUCAGUUCUGUGUUCCUCACUUUCUCUUUGUGGUAGUCUUUUCCUUUCUUUCUUUUCUUUUUUUUUUUUUUGGGUGUGUGUGUGUGUGUGUGUGUGUGUGUGUGUGUGUGUGCGCCAUGUCUCAAGACAGGGCUUCUCUGUGUAGUUCUGACUGUCCUGGAACUCACUGUGUAGACCAGGCUAGCCUCGAACUCACAGAGAUCUGCCUGCCUCUGCUGGAAUUAAAGGUGUGCACCACUGCCGGGUCUCUCCUUGUAGUAUUCUGAGUAACCCAGGCUGGCCUUCCACCCACCAUGUAGAUGAGACUGACCUUGAACUCCGUCUGCCUUUCAAGUACUAGAAUUACAGGUGAGCACCAUCAUGCCUGGCUUUCUACCAUCUUUAAAUCAAGGUUGUUUUAAAACACUAAAGGUGUUUGUAGAAACAUGUAUAUAUGUAUAUGCAAUUGAUGUUUGUAGUUUAAAAGAGAGGCAUUAAAUCUAUUGACGAGUAUAGACCUCUGCUCUCCCUCCAUCAGUCAACUCACCAUUUUUACAGACCCUUCUAGAAUCUUUCUAUGCCUAUGAAAGUUUAUGUCUCUCUUUUUCUUUCAUUAAACUUGGGUUCAUACUGUAA